AAGAUGAAGUUGGGGGGCAAGUACGAUUGUGUGCCCGCAGGAAGGCGACCAGCUGAUUGAGUUGACAGUAAAAUGUCCGACCUAAAUUUGCGUGGAUCGGUUAUGAAUGUGGCCAAAGUCGGUGCUUCUACGUGGGCUCUAUUCUGAGAGAGAUCAUUUCGGCAUCCGGACGGAAUGAUGGAAACGAAAACAUGGUCAGAAAAAUUGCAGCAAACUGUGCAAACAACUGUUACAAAUAUGGACAAUGGCAACAACCUGCUAGAUAAUACAAAUACUCAACCAGAUAACAAAAACAACAAUGAAGACACAUGCAAUAGAAACCUGCGACUGCAGCAGGACGUUUUAUCUGCAAUCAGUGAUAAAGGAAGACAGAAGGUACAAAGUAUUGUAGAACAAGUAUUUAAAUUGAAACCAAUUGAGAAACUGUUGUUGUACUUGAAACUGCCGACUGAGAGUACUGACAAUGUGGACCCGUUGAGGCAAUCUAUAAAUCCGUUAGGUAGCAGGUCCGAAAUCCAUGCCACGAUAACGUGGAUUGAAACACACUUGGUCGAAGACCCGGAUCUGUCCUUGCAGAAGAAGGGAGUCUACGAUGACUAUCAGACGUAUUGCACGCGAAAUGGCAUUAAACCUCUCUCGACUGCAGAUUUCGGUAAAGUAAUGAAACAGGUGUACCCGAAUGUUAGGCCAAGGAGACUAGGCACUAGGGGCCAAUCAAAAUAUUGUUAUGCAGGAUUGAGAAGCAGGACCCACUUACCGCCGCCGCUAUUACCUGAUCUAGGAGAUAAGCCAUUGUCCAGUGAAAGCCAUUGUUCGCAAUCGGAUUUGAUAACUGCCGCCUGGAUAAUUAUUAAGGAAUGGGCUGACGAUAAUUUCAAGGGUAAAUUCAAGUCAUUGACUUCGUUGGCAUAUCAUCUCGUCAAGGAGUAUUCGAUAGGAAGUGGUUCGGAGGCUGCGAAUUUAGUAUUGAAUGCAAAUAAUAAAGAUGAAAGUACAUCGUAUGGGUAUAGCAGGCAUCGAGAAACGACUUUGCAAUUGCAAAGAAAAUUGCAGCAAAAAAAUGAAGGAGCGAAAGAUUCUAAACGUAAACAGCUGCAAUCUCCAAGAUCGGACCAAAAGUCUCGUCCGAAGAAGAUGAAAUCUAUGUCGGCAUCGACGAGCAGCAGUACCUCGCCAGUGGCAGCUAGUGACAGUAAAAGUAGUCCCCAUUCUCAGGAACACUCGCCUGUCUGUGAUAGCAAUAAUCUACAAACGUUACCUGACUUCAAUUGUUUCCAACGUCCUCCAAACACUGUCGAAGUGCUGCGCAAGGAUGCCAUUGGCGCACAAGAGAUGCUUGGGGAAUUUCAAAUGGGAAAGGUACCAAUACCGCGUAUUGCGAAUCCGAAACAAUCUCCGGUGUUAUCCCCGAAACGAGCCAAAAAUAAUAAUACACAGUACAAAGCUAUCCAGCCGAAACCAGAAUGUGAUAGAGUAUCGUACAACCCGACGCAAACACUCAUUGCUAAGGACCUUAGAUCUCAACAACAACAUCAACAGCAGCAUCAUCAUCAGCAGCAGCAAGAUACAAUCAAGCGACAACGACUGAAGAAAAAGGACUCGCCGAUUGUAAUCACGACUGAAGAAUCCAACUCGCUGUUUUCUCGUGAGCGCUUGGACAGCGUGAGUCAAGUGCCCAAAGACGCUUUUGAUGCGAUCCUCGAAACUUCAAACAGCCAGGGACCGGAGGAAGAGAUUGUCCAAUAUUUUAACAACAACAAUGAUGAUAACGAGAAGAAAAUCUCUGAACUCAGGCAGCUGCUAGUGACAAAUUCGGAACGUCAAAAUAAUGGUCAAAUCGAUAAUAAGAAUAUGUCGAGCAUGAGCAUUGGAUCCAAUCUGCUCGCCAAGCCUAAUAUGAAACCUAUGCACAAAACCGUGUUGCCUAGUUUAAAUGUAAAGAGAAGAGUUAGUUUUGAUAAUCAUAUACAAGAGGAAACGGUACCGGCCAGUCCAAAUACCCACAGGCAAAAUAUAAAUUUCAUACCCAUAUCCCCGCACAGUCCGAACGGUAGACAGUCCAGCACAAACGCGAGCCCAUUUGUUAGUCCAAGAAAUACACCUGUGCCAAGACUUCGAGGCAACUCGAGCAACCCCUACGCGAACAGCACCACAAAGAAACCGAAGAAGCUAAUCUCCAAGAAGCCGGAUCUAGAAGUAUGCAUCACAGACGUCGAGGAUAAAACGGCUAAUUUCAAGAGCCAGUUCAUAAACUUAGCAAUGUCUGCACCGCCCAGUCCGAAAAUACCUUACCACCAAUUCAAGAGGAACCAGAACUUUGUUCCGCAAAUAUCCAAUACUAUGAACUUCGGCGACAGUCUCUCUCCAGAGGUGUCGCAGCUCACCAAAAGCAUCCCACUCAACGAAGACACUUCCUACAGAUCCCAAUCCGUUCCGAUCCAGAACCAAUACCAUCAGUACAGUCCGUUCAACUUCGCCCAGAAUGAGCAGAGCCAGCUCUCCAACGAUUUCAAUGACAUCGAGCUCAAUGAUAACGUCAAUAAGAUCAUUGAAAACAUCGAGUACUAUCCGAACGACUUUGAGGACAACAUCUCUUGCGACUUCGCCAAUCAAGCGUCGGCAGUGGCGGUAGUAUCGUCUGCGACGAGCGGCCCGCCGCGAAGCAUGGUCCGCUCUCAGAGCAUUGACGUGGAGAGCAACAUCGACAGCAGCUUGAAGUUCCCCUCACGCUCUGUUCCCAGUACUCCGGUCCCUCACAGCAAUCAUUACGAUCAAGACUUCUUCGGAAAGCAGUUCGGCCAGGGCUCGAAAUUGUCAUCCACCCAAAACACGUUGACAUUCAAUAGGGGCCAAGAUUACUUACUCAACGGACAGCCGAUCAAGAGUCCGCAUUCGGAAACAAAAAACCUAACGUACGUUUACCAGGAUAACGAGUUGAUAGACAAUAAGAACUUUACGUUCGAGAGCCAUCUGCCCGAGGGUACUUUUGGUGCUAAACAGAAUAUAAAUAUGCUGAAUGAGGACUUUUUCGAUGUGCCUCAAUAAAUCAACGCAAUAACUAUUAAUUCAAUUAAUAACUAAAAUACAAUAACAAUUUUAUUAUCUUCUCAUGUGAUUAAUCAAUUUGAUUGAUUUAAAUAGUUUGAAUUCAAGGUGACGAAUUACUUUUUCUCAUUAAAAUUUAAACACAAAAUAAGUAAAAGCAAAAAAAAAAGAAAUUAUUUCGUGCAAUCAAUAUAUUUUAGGAACGGAUUUGAA